AUGAUAUAUGGUGGUCACGUGUAUGUACACUGGGGCCGGAAGGAUUGCGGACCGGGAGCAGAGUUGUUGUAUGCAGGAUUUGCUGCCGGCGGCCACUACCAACAUCCGGGUGGCUCCACUGAUACGCUCUGUUUACCGGAAGUUCCAGUGUUCUCCGACCACGUGACAGGAAAUGACGAAGACCGGAACCUCAUGUACAGCGUCAAGUACGGCAGCUCGAGCAGCGCAUUCCAGAAAAUGAUGGGCGGUUCAGGUUCGAACCUUCAUAAUGGCGACCUUCCAUGCAGCGCGUGUCAGGCGGCCGGCCGAGCCUCCCACGUGCUUGUUCCCGGAAGAAGUGUCUGCAUGCACGGAUGGACUCUCGAGUAUUCGGGAUACUUAAUGGGAAGUGCCUAUGCACAUACCAGUGGCAAGGAACUACUUUGUGUUGACAGUGACGCGGAGGUUUACACGGGAAGCGGUUCUUCGGUUGGCGGUAGUUAUCUCUACUUUGCGGAAGUACGUUCCGGGUUUGGUGGUUACACCAGCGGAAAUGAACUUCCCUGUGUUAUAUGUACCAGAUAA